CUAAAUCCCGCCCCCCCCCUCCCUCCGCCUCAUAGCCAACCACUAACUGGACAUCAGAUUGCCUCAACAGCAGCCUAUAUUUGCUCCUGACAUCAACCCCGCCCCCUCUGGGAGGAGGGAAAGCUCUGCCUAUCCCAGCGGAACUCCUGUCUAGACCACAAACAGAACAGUAAAAGGGAAGAUCGACCCAGAGGACAAAAUGGAAGGGAUGGGAAUCGAGACUCAAAACUGGUUAGCGGAACAAACCAAAACYGAGCUGGUGAAGACUGUGAAAUAUGUAGAAGUGGAAAAGAACAGAAGAGAAGAAACAGUGGUCUACGAAUACCCGAAAGAGCACAUUCAGAAACUGGAUGAGUUUCAUGAAAAGCACGCAGUGCUUUUCACCUUCUCCAAGAAGAGCCAAGAGCUGAAUCGCCCGGCUAAACUAAAGUGGAUAUGGGACAAACUCAAAAGUUUGGAACCAGUGCAAGGAGAUGAACCUAAAAUCUCAUUCCACCCUCGAACCAGGAAUGUGAUUAUGGUCAUCUGCAGGGACCCAUCUUACGCGGAUUUCCUGAGGAACAAAACCUUCACCUGCAAUUCCUCCGUGGUGACAAUACAUCCAUGGAAACCAGACAUCCCUUUCCAAAUGACGCCUUCCCGAUACAGACAAGAGCUCAUGAAGAAAUUCUUUUGGGUACAAUUCGAUAACGUUCACGAAGGCCUGCACGAGGGGAUCAAACAGCGCCUGCAAAUAGAGUACGGCCAAUUCAAAGUGAUUGACUGGAUCAUCACAACGCCAGAUUUCCUGAUCCCUCAGCACAACACCAUGACGGUAUGCCUGGAUCUCAACAAUGGUAUCCCUCCACGAUUGCCAGACUACUGGUACUUUGUGGUGAGGGACAGGACCAUCAAAGUCACAGUGUCCUCAAAAGGCAAUCCACUGUGCUUCAAAUGCAGACAAAGAGGGCACAUGGGAACUGACCCCCGCUGUCCGAAAAACAUCGAGACGGCCAAACCCAGAGCACUGAAACAGACGAGCCUGGCUGAAGUGGAAAGGGAGCCAGGCUUCUGGUAUGUGAGAAACUCUCAAUACAUUGGUUGGGUGUUCAACGACAACCUGCCAAACCCGGACUGGGUCUGGGUCUUGGAAGGAGAACCAACACCUAGGCCUGACGUCUACCCACCCUCGGACAGCAGAUGGCACACAUUGAAGAUGGAAAGGAAGUUUGCAAAGAACUUCACAAGGGACCCAGUCCUAAACCUGGAGAAAAUGGAGGAAGAACGUUGCCUCAAAGAUCUGAUCAUGGACCUCAACGAAACAGGCGAAAUGGCAGAAAGAGAAUUUCUGGAGAGAGAGAAGAGAAGAACAGAAAGAAAAUUGGAGAUAGAAACAGACGAAAACCAGCCGCUGACUACGUACUCAAGGAGAGGACCACAAAAAACACAGAUGCAGCAGCAAGAUGAAUCAGGAGGGAUGGAAUUGGACAACACAGGAACAAUCAAAGGAAAAACCAACGCAGACCAACAGGCACCAGGCGAGGAUGACAAAGUAACGGUGGGGGAAAAAAGAAAGAAUCCUGAAGAACGAAAGGGAUCUACAACCAAGAGAGUCCAGUUGGAGGACCCAGAAGAAGACAGGGAACAAAGCAGUGAAGAGGAAUGUGAACCAUGGGGAGACGCAGCGAUGGAGGAAAUACAAGGAUACAUACAAAAGGCCAAAAGAGAGAGGGAAGCCAGAUUUGAACUACAAAUGGCCUAUUUCAGGGAAGAGGAAAAACUCAGACAAAAAUCAGGAGCGGGAGAUUCCCCUCACAUCCUUCCCCUGUCCCCAAAUCCGUACGCCUCACUAGAGAAGGAAGAGGAGAUGACAGCCCAAUAUGCAGAACAAUACUGCAAAGCCAAUAGAGAUCAGACUUUGAAUGAGCAGGGUCUAAACACGAAGAAAGAGAACAAUUGGAGGAAGGACAGGUACAGAAUGCCAACACUCCCGGAAACGUACAGCGGGAGGAAAAAGGACGAAGCCCAAAAGAAGGCGCAAAAAAAAGAGGAGAAGAAAAAGAAGGAACAGAUUGGGUCCGAAGGAGCAGAAACAGAAAGUGAGGACACCAGCAAAGAGGGAGAGGAGAGGAGGCAGCUGGUCCUGAAGGCAGAAAUACUGGAGUCACAGGUGGUAAGGUUCAGCCAGCUCAACGAUGAGCUCAGUCUGAAAAUUGUAACAGUGGAGGGCCUGAACGACCAGUCCCAGUUUGCUUUCUGGGAAAGAGCAAGGCAAGAGAGCAGAACUCUGCUACCUUCAAGGACAGUAGUCCCGAUCAAAUGGGAUGCAGCCACAGAGGAUUGGCAAGUGGCAGCUUCCUCCAACUUUGCCUUUCUGAAGCUGGAAAGAGGACAGAGCCGAGACGAGUUGCUCUCAAAAGUCGCACCAACAGCCAAGCCUCUAGCAACAGGGCUGGCGGGAGAACCCCUCAAAGUGCAAGAGCUAGGUGAGAGGGGGGAGGCAAAGGAAGGAGCCAGCCUGGACACGAGGCCAAUUAUAGUCCUAUACGACUCAGACACUACACUGGGAGAGGAACUGCAGUGGAGGCCAUGGUGGGAAAUAGCACAACUUCCUUUCACGGCGCUGGGAUCGGAAACAACAAUGAUCCUUUCGRCAGCAAGCAUGGYUACAGCACUCGCUGCAAAGAUCUUCGCCAAAGGAAUCAAAGGCCUGAAGAAAGCUYUGAAGGCAAUGGGAGAAGACACGGGGGAACCCUCGCUAAGCCAGGAACCUUUGCAGCUUCCUACCCUCUCUUCCUAAACCAACURCACUGAAGGAAACUGAYWGACCKCUAACCUGUCCAAAUGCCUGAGGACAGGGGAGCUCUAGAAAACAGAACAGCCAGAGCUC